AAAACUGGCAAUCUCCCAGCUCAACGUACAACCUGAUGAAUUGAAAAAAAAAAUUAAUGUUGCAAAACUGGCUAUCUCCAGCUCAACGUACAACUUGAUGAAUUGGAAGUGAAAACACAUGCAAACAACAGCAGCCAUUCAACGACAACAACCGGACAAACCAAAGACCCUGGCCAUCCAUGUUAUAUAUAGAACGGCGGCCCCGUAUCUCCAUCUCGUGUCCCAUUCCCACGUCAAGAACGAGAGCCGACUCAUGGCCGUCAUGGCGGCGCAGAAGAGCGUGAUCCUCUACCCCUCGCUGGGCGUCGGCCAUCUGAACCCCAUGGUGGAGCUGGCCAAGCUCUUCCUCCGCCGUGGCCUGGCCGUCGUCAUCGCCGUCGUCGACUCGCCCGACAAGGACUCCGUGUCGGCCGACGCGAUAGCGCGCCUCGCCGCCGCGAACCCGGACAUCGCGUUCCGCCUCCUCCCCGUCCCGUCCUGCGGCAGGGAGGACUACCCUCACGCCGUCAUGCGCAUCAUGGACGUGAUGCGCGUUGCCAACCCGGCGCUCCGGGAGUUCCUGAUGGGCGCGCUCCCCGACGUCGAAGCGCUCGUGCUGGACAUGUUCUGCGCGGACGCGCUCGACGUCGCCGCCGAGCUCGGCAUCCCGUCCUACUUUUUCUUCGCCUCCGCGCUCAGCUACCUCGCCAUCAUGCUCCGCCUACCGGAAUACUACCCCACCGUCCCGUCCUCGUUUAAGGACAUGCCCGAGACCGCACUCCACUUCCCCGGCGUGCCGCCGAUCCGCGCGCUCGACAUGGCGGCCACGCUGCAGGACCGGGACAGCGACAUGGCCAAGGCACGGCUUGCCCAGUGCACGCGCAUGCUCGAAGCGAGGGGCAUUCUCGUGAACAGCUUCGACUGGUUGGAGUCGCGGGCUCUUGAAGCGCUCAGGUGUGGCCUCUGCACGCCCGGGCGUUCAACUCCACCAGUCCACUGCAUCGGGCCGUUGGUCCUUCCUGGGAACACGGGAGGAAUCAGCGAGAGGCACGCGUGCCUCGAGUGGCUGGACACCCAACCAGACCGGAGCGUCGUUUUCCUCAGCUUCGGCAGUUUGGGAAGGUUCUCCACAGCGCAGUUGAGGGAGAUGGCGCGUGGGCUAGAGAACUCCGGGCAGAGGUUCCUGUGGGUCGUGCGGAACCCACCUGAGCACCAAAGUAACUCCGCCGAGCCAGACUUGGGAUCGUUGCUUCCCGAGGAUUUCUUGGAGCGGACUAGGGAGAGGGGCUUUGUGGUGAAGAAUUGGGCGCCGCAGAGCGAGGUGCUGCGGCACCCAUCCAUCGGAGGGUUCGCGACGCAUUGCGGGUGGAACUCAGCGCUAGAGGGCAUCGCUUCUGGCGUGCCGAUGAUCUGCUGGCCGCUGUAUGCGGAGCAGCGGAUGAACAAGGUGCUCAUGGUGGAGGAGAUGAAGGUGGGUGUGGCGAUGGAGGGGUACGAGGAGGAGCUAGUGAAGGCAGAGGAGGUUGAAACAAAGGUGAGACUCGUGAUGGCAUCUGACGAAGGGGAGGAGCUUCGGCAGAGGGUCAUGGUGGCCAAGGAGAUGGCCGUAGAUGCUCUCAAGACAGGGGCGUCGUCUGACGUGGCGUUUGACGAGUUCUUGACAGACCUGCAGAAAAACAGAACCUCUACGGAGAAACUCGCCACGUGAAUUGUGAUGAACGGGUCAUUAUAUAUGGAUUUACAAGUUGACCUUUUUGCUAUGAGUUUGCAUAUACAAGAGUAAUAUUGGAAGAAAUACCGUAAAGUCAAAUUUCAAAUAUGUUCCUUUGAAUACAAUAUUGUAUUGAUGUCAACGUCUUACUGCCUCUAGUGUGGCAUAUAUACUGGCACGUAUGUAUAUAGACCGUCAGGCCGUUCAGCAGCGCUAGUUCUUGCUGCUGCUGCUGGCUUCUGCUGCCAGCGGCUACAGCGCAGUUGCUAGCUGCUGCUUGUGGCUUCAGCUGAUUGCAGCGGUAGGAGAAGCAACUGGGUAGCGGUGCUAGAUGUUGCUUAGUGAAGCGCUCCGAACGGCUGGGCUGAAAAGUCCAGCCGCAAAAAACCAGCGCAGCAGCAGAAGCCCACCGAACGAGCUGCGUGUCCUUGAUGUACUAUGACUACCAUGUAAACGAGAAAAUCGAGGGAAAUGGCGAGAGAUGAAUAUUUCUUUAGCAGACGACAAAACAAAAUAAGCCAAAAUAACAUGGUGGCUGAUACGGUAGAAACCAACCCGGCUUGCAUUGAGAUGUGGAGAGGUCACCGGUGUCCAGUUACAUUGAGUGGCGAGGAUCGCACUUCGCACCUGGUUCAUCAGGAAUGCGCUGACGCGAAUGCUGCAAUCCUUUGCAGACAAGACGGCGACCACACGUUCCCCUGUCCCCUCCAGAACGAGAAGCCAGCCAGCUUUCAAGUGCGGUUAGCCUUCAAUUCAUGCCGCUAAAAAACCGGCAACAAAGAAGUAAACAAAAAUGAAAACGCCACCUAUCUAUCGUUUCCCUUUCUACUAGUACUAGUGUAGAAGGGAAACAUGCUCUUGGCUUCUUUGCUGCCCGUCUGAUGCAGCAACACCAAAGACAAUGGAUGAAUGGACCAUGCACGCACCACAGCCCACAGGUUCAUCAUGUUUGUAAACGACUCGACGUGAAGCCAAAGAGUUGCCACGUCCGCUGUCCUAUCCAGCCUCGCAUCCCGGAAAGAUCCUUUUUUGUGCCCGUGCGCCCGGGCUCUGCACUCAUUCUUUUGUCGUCGCUUGUGGAUGCGAUACCAUUUAGGCCUCACAGGAGUAAAGUAGAGUAU